CUUGUGAAGAAAAAAAACGUAAAAUACAUGAAGUUGCACAAUGCAUGUGGUCCUAGUAGUCGUAGACAGUAAAACUUGUGAUAAUGACACACUUUCAACAUUCCGUGUCUAUUCUUUCUUCCCGAAUUCCCGUGUGCUUAACCGCUAGUCCACACCAUAUGAGCAUUGUUGUGGACCAACUUGCAUCAUCAUUGUUUUUUUAACCUUAGAAGAAGAAAAAACACACAAUAAGUGUGAACACGCGCAUACGUUGUUGCUCCUACAAACAAAGUGUUAAAUACUAAGAUUGUUGUCUCAUAGGACAAAGAUUGAAGCGAAGGAAACUUAGAGAGAAAACAUUCAUGAAGGUGUUUCCUAGGUUUAAGUUUCUUUCAAGAGCAGUGGUUCAUGAAGAAAACCAAGAUGAACAUGUUUUGGAGAGAAACAUGUAUCCUGUUGUAACAAAAGGAGGUUUGUGUACAUCAUCUUCACUCACAGUUUGGAAAAAAUCGCUUCUUAUGAAUUGUAAAGGCUUCACGGUUAUUGAUUCAUGUGGUAACCUUGUAUAUCGUGUUGAUAAUUACUCCCUGCACCCCCAAGAGCUUGUUCUUAUGGAUGCUUCUGGAAACUCUCUCCUCACCAUGCGUCGCCACAGGAAGCUUGGAUUAGUAGACAAUUGGUGUGUAUAUGAAGGGGACUUGGGGAACCAUUGUACGAGGAGAACAAGAACAUGUAGGACAAGAAAGAGUCCUGUUUGUUGUGUAACAAAGAGUGUAAAUAUUUUAAACGGCAAUUCCAAUGUUCAAGCGUAUGUAUACCGUGUAGCUUCUGGGUCGGAUAAUCGUCGCGCAGCAUUUACGGUUGAAGGUUCAUAUGCGCAAAGAACGUGUAAAGUGUUGGAUGAGUGCAAGAAAGCUGUAGCUGAAAUCAAGAGAAAAGAGACCAAUACUAAAGAUGUGUCUUUUGGAGUUGAGAUUUUUCAGUUAGUUGCUCAUCCAGGGUUUGAUCCUGGUUUUGCUAUGGCACUUGUUUUAGUACUUGAUCAAAUGUUUUCAUAGCAUAUACUUCAUAGAGUAAUAAUAUUACAUUUUCGAUUUUCAA